UUUCCAGGGGGCCUGGGAUCUUCGUGCUCCUCCUCUCCUGGACCGUCACGCUCUACACGCUAUGGCAAAUGGUGGAGAUGCACGAGAUGGUGGAGGGCAAGCGCUUCGAUCGCUACCACGAGCUCGCGCAGGAGGCGUUUGGCGAGCGCCUAGGGCUGUGGAUCGUGGUGCCGCAGCAGCUCAUCGUCGAGGUCGGCGUCGACAUCGUCUACAUGGUCACCGGCGGGAAAUCGCUCAAGCGAUUCUACGAGCUGGUGAGCUGCGCGCCCGACGCGACCGGAUGCAAGCACAUCCGGCAGUCGUAUUGGAUCCUGGUGUUCGCGUCGAUCCACUUCGUGCUGGCGCAGCUCCCCAAUUUCAACUCCAUCUCGGGGAUUUCGCUCUCCGCGGCGGUCAUGUCUCUCAGCUAUUCCACGAUCGCCUGGACGACCGCGAUCCCCAAUGCCGGGGGGCCGGAUGUGAGCUACAGCUAUCCUCACUCCCCAUCGGCAGCCAACACGGUGUUCAAGGUUUUCAAUGCGCUGGGAGAGAUCGCGUUCGCCUAUGCCGGGCACAACGUUGUUCUUGAGAUCCAGGCAACCAUUCCAUCCUCGCCGAGCAAGCCGUCCAAGGGCCCGAUGUGGAAGGGAGUGGUGGUGGCGUACAUGGUCGUGGCGAUUUGCUACUUCCCGGUGGCUCUCAUCGGCUACUGGGCAUUUGGGAACGAUACUUCUUACGACAACAUUCUCCAACACAUCGGUACUCCACACUGGCUCAUCGCUGCUGCCAAUCUCAUGCUCGUUGUUCAUGUCAUUGGCAGCUACCAGAUUUACGCAAUGCCUGUGUUUGACAUGCUCGAGACGCUUCUUGUCAAGAAGCUCCACUUGCCUCCUGGCGUUUGCCUCCGUCUCAUCGCCAGAACAGUAUACGUUGCAUUUACAGCGUUUGUAGCGAUCACAAUCCCGUUCUUCGGAAAUCUUCUCGGUUUCUUUGGAGGAUUUGCACUAGCGCCCACAACUUAUUUCUGCACAAACCCAAGCGAUUCAGCCUUUCGUGGCUCGCAAACUGGAUAUCGAUCGUGCUGGGCGUGCUGCUAAUGAUAGCAGCCACAAUCGGGGGAUUCCGGAACUUGGUAAUGGAUGCGUCGACUUACAAGUUCUAUCAGUGAUUUAGAAGUGAGUGAUCCUCUCAAAAUAAUUUGCUACUUACUAGCGGAAGAGAAAAGAUAUCACAUCGAUCUCAUCCUUCUCUCGCUACUUGUAAUCUGUUUGUGCAAAUCCAGGCAGUGUCAAACAAUUGAGAGUGAGACAAA